CUCUGCAGAUAAAAUUGUAAACAUUCAUGCAACAACAACUCACGUGGUUAUCAAAAACGUGAAAAACUUGUGAUUUCUCCAAGAUUUCCUGAUUUUUAUAUCGUUUUUAUGAAACAUUAACGUAUGUAUAAAAAUGGCAGUGCAAGAAAAUUCGGACACCUCUAUGGACUGUGAAUCAGUAGAUCAAACUGAUGCAUGGACAGAAGCCAUUAACAAAGUAUUACAAACCAACGUUCCGCGGAAGAAAUCAGUUGUUCUCGCCCUUGCUGAGAAAGAUCAGGAAGUCAAGGAAGAAACGGAAAUCAAGAAAGAGUAUGAUUUUGAAAUUGAAGGUGGAACUGUUUCUGAUGAAGAUAUCCAAGAGGAAAAACCUGAUGUAAAGGAUUUAGAUCUAAAACUGAAAUUAGGAACUAAAAGAUUACUUAAAAAAGAAUACGCAAAAGUUGGACAUGUUAAACCAGACAUUCUAGAAAAAAAUUAUGAACGAACAUUAAUGAAAAUAGCAACAAAAGGUGUCGUGCAAUUGUUCAAUGCAGUGAAGCAGCAGCAAAAAGACAUAGAAAAAGUUGUAAAGAGCAGUAGAAGAAAAACUGUUGACCCCAGAGAUGUUGCUCAAUCUUUGGAUAAGGAGAGAUUUUUCAACAAGCUGUCAGAAAAAGCCAAAAGUGUUCCAGUCUCAGCGCCAGAUACCAUUAGGAUAAAGGAGGAAGAGGAAGAGCCUUCGUGGAGCGUUUUGCGAGAUGAUUUUCUAGUUAGUUCAUCUGCUAAAACGUGGGAUACGUAGUUCUAAGAAGUGAAUGUUCUUAAAAAACUCAAUUUGUGCUCAAUGUUUUCCACCUCUAAUCAUCGGUGAAUUGCGAAAUUCUUUCAACUCUUCAUUUUUAGAUUUGCAAUGGGUCUCCAGUCAAGGCACGAAUUAAAGCAGUUUACAAAGUGUUUUCUCAGCAAAAUUUCACGAGGAAAACGGAUCUUACUACAAGGAGACUAGAAGUCAACCCCUAUAAAUAUAAGUGUAUAUUAAUGCUUACAAUUAAUAUUGAUUAAAUGGCAAAACUACAAAUGACUUAAUUUUGCUACAGGUUAGACAACUUUAGAAAAUUGACGGCACUACCAGUAGUGAAAGAACUUGACCGGAUCGAGAGCAAUUUCCUCUUGAAUCUGAUUAUAAAGCUUUAAUAAAGUAUAAAUAGUAAUGUGUAA